CUCAGAAGAGCCAUCUCUCAUAGCCAGACUGGUAUUAUCAUGGGCCUUCCAUGGACAGCGCUUUUAUCACUAUGCUAUCCACCCCAUCUAGGUCCCAUCUCAUGUUCUGUGGAUAUCUAGCGAGCGACAAGCUUCUACAUAUCGACCACCAUGAUCGGAAUAUCGACCCUACACCAAGGGUAUAUUAGUAUGAUGACAUGCUUCAGCAUCUAAUUCAUAUUUAUUAACUUACCAGAGUUUGAUCCAUGCGCCACCUCUGCCAGAAUCCCCUCCUGGAAUUCCUAGGUGUUUUGUCCCUUCCCAACCCCAAUAAAUAAAUCCAUUGAUUUGUUUACAAGAUGGUAAAUAUUGAUGCCGUCAAAGUUCAUUAGAUCAAACGAAAGCCUGUAUAAAUUCACUAUCUGCGCUACCAGCUGCCCCUGCGAAUUAAAUAGCUGUCUUAUUUAUUCCGGUUAUCUGAUCUACACUCAGCCAGUCAGUAACAUAACAUUUGAGUGAUCUGUUGAGAGUCAAUUUGAAUGGAUUUGCAUCCAAAAUUAAUGGACGAGCAUCGUGAUCACCAUAAUAAAAAUCAGCCAGAGGGGGAUAAUGCAUCCAUUCCUCAAGCAUGGGGAAAAACUCCGCCAAAUACAGGCCGGAAGAGGGAAUCCCGAGCGCUAUUAGCGAGAUCAGUUCCCUCUCCUAGCCACUCAGUUCACAUGAGGAAAAUCUUCCAGAAUGCCAGCACGUCUCUGCAUUCAACUGGACAUGUGUUAGGGUCCCCAUCUUUACGGAGAGCAAACUCUCCAAGCGGGCAGAAGCCGGAUAUUCACUGUACCAAUACCAACAAAAUCCCGGGGAGACCAUCGGAAGACAAUCAUUUUUCAUUUACUGAUCAACUGCCUUCGCCGUUACUGCUGCACCCAGUAGUGUCUCCAAAUGGAUCGCGAUGGACAAUGGUACCUAUGGCGGAUGAGCCUAUCAGCAGCGGAUUCCAUUCUCCGUCAUUUCCUAACCGGAGAAUCACUCCAGAGUUAUCCAAUUCGCAAUAUCUAAACCGAAGUAAGCCGAAAAGAGUACCUCUGCCUCCCUAUCAGAAGAAAAGUCCUCAAAUGAGCCUGGACGAAGCAAAACUUGCUCAACGUUUCCAAGACACUUCCAUCUCUGAUGUCCAAUCCUGGCUUGAUGGGUUAUACGACGAACCUUCAAGUAACAUGCACGAAUAUGACGACUUUCCGUCCAUCAGCAAGGCGAAAAAGGAAGAAGCCGUUCUUGGCUACAAUUUUCCGGAAUCCCAAUUGGCCACUGGCCAUCACUACACUUCUCUCCUCAAAAGCGAUAAGGAAAACAUGUCACCUUCACCAUCUAACUGUGGGGCCAGGUUCCCGAACCAACAUUCUUCCCUACCGUGUAAAGGUUCCGACAUUGCGUUAUCGAUGGAGGCUUCCCCCUCCGCUUCCGCCCAGGCACACAGAUCUAAAUUUAAUCCUUCAACUCCUGUUCUGGUACGCAAACCUCACAAAUGUUACACUUCUCCAAGGUCUCAGAGACGCGGACAGAUCUCUCCCACCCUCCCGCGGAGCCACUUUAUGCUGCCACCACGGCGAAAAAAAAUCAGAUCAUCUUCGAGCUCGCUGCCCCAGCGAUCGCCUCCGGCGUAUGGUCGCGCGCCGCCAUUCGAGGUUGCAGAAGAUGAAAUUCACGACUUUCCAGAACAGCGUCCAAGAACAAGCUAUCAAGAGCAGAUGGUCCUACUGCCCGGAUUAAGUGAUUUGAGCCCUCAUGUGACGCCAUUCCGCAAAGGUAAAGGCCCGAAAAGGCCAAGAUGUCCCAGUUACUACGAUGAAGAUUUACUACAGGAUACACAACCCGAAGGAAAAAAGGGGCCGCUUCGAAAUCACCAAGGAUGAGCGAGGAUGGAUAUAGUGUCCCACGUGUGGAUAUUCAAGAUAUGUGCUCUCGGGAUGAGCCAAGUGGCGCCAACCACGGUUAAUAGGCUUGAAAUUCAAAGAAUCACACCUCACCGUGUCCUCGUUAUAAGAAGAGCAUUUGUUCCCACUUCAAAAACACCAACUCAUGGCCUUCAAAUUAAAAAUAUCACAUCCCCCUAUCUAAAGAGCUAUGUUAUAUUCCAAACGCCUCUUUCUUCAGCCUUAGACGUGUAUCAUUUGCAAAUGCAAGUCCUUUCUUCUGACUCCGUCCAUUAUAUUUCUCUUAAAUUGUUCUCUCUGACUAUGUCUGUGGUGUUCAAAUUAGUGUUUCUCUAAUAUCAUGACAUCAUCGUGCCUACAUUAUAAUUUGAUUAUCAACGUAAACGUCAACUUUAGCUACUUACUCUUCCGCCAGGAAGGACAGACAUAUAUCAUUGAAAAACCACAAUGACACCC